AUGGCAUCCUACAAAUCAACUUUGCGGUUUUGCCCUGAGUGCAACAAUUCCAAUUGGAUGAUGGGCAAGAAUGAAAAGAUGGAAUUGGUUUUCACUUGCAAAGUCUGCUCCAACGUGGAGGUAGUGCCAAUGGAGGACACAGACAAUGAUGGCAACCCAAAGCGGAUUGAUGAUCUAUGUGUUUUUCGCCACGAUGUGCUGUUUGUUGCGAAGGAGUCGAUCAUUGUCAUGCCUGAUGUCAUUCAUGAUCCGACGCUUCCCAGGGUUUAUGACUAUGACUGCCACGUGUGUGGACACAACCAAGCUGUUUAUUACCGCUUGUCAGAGACCAUCGUGAGUGAUGCGAUGGCGAUUAUUUACGUUUGCUGUGAGUGUUCGAACUGGCGUACUGAGGGCAAGGAAGUUCAAUACUCAGUGCCACAGGGCAAGGCCGAGCAGACUUCCGCCCUUCCGGAACUGGAUGACAAAGCUCGCGAGGAGGUAGAUCCGGAUGAGGUGGAAGGGGAGAAAGACAAACCUAGCGAGGGAGAGGAAGAGGAAGAUGAUAUAACCAAAGCCAAGGAGUGCCAAGCGAAGCGCCAUUUGGAGCAACGCGCCGUUCGUGUCGCGAUGCCCUUUGUUCCGUUCGCAGCGAACUUGUGGACCUCGAGUCUUGGCCCGAGCCAGACGUCGCCACCAUUUGCUCGUGCUCCGGGCCAUUCCUCACCCAACUGUUAUACGCCUACCAGGCUGCCAAAUCACGUAGGAUUGCUCCGAGCACCCGAUGCAUCCAGUCGAACCAGUCUUCAGAGUGGUCCCUUAGGUGGAAGUUACAGCGUUGCCAGCCUCGUUUCCAAUGACAGUGGGCCAGCUGUGAAGGCACCCCCAACCAGCUCUGGAUCGGUGCUGGCGGGACAGGUGUUACAAGCUCCAAAUCUUUCGAGGUUACAAGAUGGAUGGCAGGUCUGGAAUCCAGUUCCACCUUUGCCUCAAGCUGCUGCUCCAGCAGCCCUGUUUGGCAGGAUGCUGCGGUCACCCGCGAGUUCCACCGGAGAGGAGAAACCUACAGUUGCCAAGCCCAUGUGGGUCAUCGAAGAGGUCAUCGACUUUGAAGCAGCAGCCGAAGAAGAGGCAGACUUCGACAGCUUUGAAUCCGUCUGCCACUCCAAGAUGUUUCCCACUGGACUUCUUGGCGGCUGUGUGCUCUGGAGCUGCAGUGAGGAGGAUGAGAUCAAAAGGCCCAAACCAUCUCAGGAUUGA